AUGGAGCUGAAAGCUUUAAUGUAUCAAAACUAAAUGAAUAUUUUAAAUAUAAUAAAUUCUAAUGUAGAUUUCUUAUUUUCGUUUUGGUUCGGUUAAAUCCUGUUCAAUAUUCAAAUGAUCUUUCAUUGUUAUCAGGAAUAAUAAUUUUCUAAAUACUGGAAAUAUAAACUAUUCAAGAAACUUACCUUAAAUGAUCAUAAAGAAAAAGUAAGUGAAAAUAACAACACUUAUGUAUUUGAGAAAAGUUCAAAAAAAAGUUAAUGCCAAUGUUUUUGUUAAAAAGCGAACAAUAAUAUAAACACAAGGCGGAUUUUUAUCAAUUUUCUAUUUCAAUUUAGUUUACAAAGAGGUUGUAGUGAAUUAUUAUUGAGAAUUCUAAAAAACCCUAACUGAAUAAUCUUGAGGGUUAAGAGUUUCUGAUCUUACUUUAGUUGUUUUGUUAGCGAAUAAAAACUUUGAUGUUAAAUAAUUAGCUUGCCUAUAUCUUCAUAAAUGGUUGCUCAGUGUCUUGUACAAAAAGGGUGUUUGCAUGUACCAGGACAUGUAGUUGAAGAUAGAAAAUUUAGGCAAAAAGCAAUUUAAAGUUAUUUUCAUCUCAGGCUUUACUCACAGUAGUUGUAGUAGAUCCUGAAACAGUCUAAGAAGAUUUUAAUUCAAGGGGAAUCGAUUCCCAUAUGAGAGUUACAUAAUUGGAUAUAGUUGAAAGACCUAAUGGAAGUUCUUGGGAAUAUCCAAACAGUACUUUAGCAUAUUUUUAAAAUGUAAUUUUAUUCAGUUGAUUUUCAUUAGAUUUUUUAUAUAGUCAGAAUGCAGGUUUAAAAUCAAUUCAGAAUAUCGUUGGGAAGUGGUUUUGGUUGUGAAGAUGUUGAAAAGUCAACACACAAACUUGUGA